AUGUGUCGUAUAGUGGAUAGGAAAAAGUUCCCACAAAAAAAAGCGAUGUCGUGUUGUUAUAACGACGCCGCGGACGGCGUCGAUCCGUUUGGAUUACUGACAUUGACAGUGGCAAGCCAGAAAGUAACGAAAGAGACAGGAAAGAAUAUUUUGCUGGAUGAGGAGCGACGGCCAGCGUACGGAUGGAUGGUGACGAUAGGUGGCGGAACAGGUCGGAAAAGGGCGGGUCGUCGUCGCCGUCGGAGGCCGCGCACAGAACGCAAGGGCGUGGUCGUCGACAAGAAUCACGAUGUGGAGAUGAAACGAACCGGAGGAAUCGGAAGAAGUGAAGAGAAACACAAACCGGCGUGA